AUGCGUGAGGAGAGCCCGGAGCCGGAGCGCAGAGGCGGCCGUCGUCUGUGCCGCUUCCCUCUGAUCCUGGCGCUGCUGCAGCUGUUGCUAGGGGUCGCUGUCACGGUCGUGGCCUUCCUGCAGCUGUCCCUCACCCCCUCCCUCACGACCAGAGAGACGCCGCACUGGGCGGGCAUCACUAUGUGUGCAGUUGCGGUCCUGGGGCUCGUGUUGUUCUGUGUCACGUCUCGUCCGGACGAGCGCAGCUUCCUCCAGUUCAUGAUGAAGAUUCUGUUCUUCUUCUUCUGCUCUGUGGGUUUGAUCGUCUCAGUUCUCGCCGCGGCGUUCUCCGGUCACCACUACAGUCAGAGCAGCAGCUUCACGUGUGAGCGUCUGGGCCCUGAGUGCAUCUGUACCUGGGAGCCUCAGGACCCUCAGGACCCUCUCGCCCGCAGGCUCCGGUUCCUGGAGGUGGAGGACUGUGCGUCUCUGACCGAGACUCUGCCGCUGAUGCAGCUUCUGCAGCUGCUGCUGAACGUGCUGCAGGCUCUGCUCUGCGCCGCUGCAGCGUUCCUGAUGUGGAGGAGCAGGUACCAGGGGUUCUUCUCCGGGACACAGGGCUCCUCCUGGAGCAAGGUCUGA